GGGGGAGGGAGUCGGCCUCCAGUUCUAAUAUAUAAGCGACGUUGCAUCCUCCACUCUCCACAUUACACAGUUAUCCUCUAACCGAUAAUGAAUAGCAUCAAAGCCGUGAUUGUGUGUUGCCUCCUGGUGACCGUCUCCGCCGGUGUAGACCGAAGAAGAGGUGGACAAGGAUCCAACAGAUUCCUUCCUGGAGGCUUCGCUGACGUCCACGGAGGCGGUCUCUUCGGCAGCGGUUUUAAUGGUGGCGGAAUCCAUGGUGGAAUUCAUGAUGGAGGUAUCCAUAGUGGAAUACACGGUGGUAGUGCUAUUAUCGGCAGUGGAAUCUCCAGUGGCCCAAGUGAAUGCAGAUAUUGGUGCAAGACUCCGGAGGGUCAAGCCUACUGCUGCGAGACGGUGCAUGAACCAGAGACACCUGUUGGCACCAAGCCACUCAAUUGCCCACAAGUCCGUCCCACAUGCCCACGAUUCCAUGGACCCCCCAAUACCUGUUCCAACGACUACAAGUGUGCUGGCCUCGAUAAGUGUUGCUUCGACAGGUGUUUGGGAGAACACGUAUGCAAACCUCCCUCAUUUUUCAAUAAUCAUCUCCCCUUUUAAAGGUGGUUAUUGCUAAUAAAGAGCCAUCGGUCUUGGUGGCCGUCUCCGCCGGUGUAGACCAAAGGAAAGGUGGGCAAGGAUCCAACAGAUUCCUUUCUGGAAGCUUCGCUGGCGUCCACGGAGGUGGUCUCUUCGGCGGCGGUAUUCAUGGUGGUGGAAUCCACGGUGGUAGUGCUAUUAUCGGCGGUGGAAUCUCCAAUGGCCCAAGCCAAUGCAGAUAUUGGGGCAAGACUCCAGAGGGUCAAGCCUACUGCUGCAUGAACCAGAGACACCUGUUGGUACCAAGCCACUCAAUUGCCCACAAGUCCGUCCUACAUGCCCGCGUUUCCAGGACCCCCCAUUACAUGAUCCAACUACUACAAGUGUGCUGGCCUCGAUAAGUGUUGCUUCAACAGAUAUUUGGGAGAACACGUGUGUAGACCUCCCUCAUUUUUGAAUAACCAUCUCCGCUUUUAAAUGUGGUUAUUGCUAAUAAAGAGCCAUUGAUGUUCCGGUUGAUAACGGAAAAUAGUAAAUCUUUGAUUUGUA